UCAGUUCGAGUUUGUAUUUCGUUUGGUGAGGUUGACACUGUUCGCUGCCGUUCGUUUUCGUCCACUGUCGACGUGUCUCUCUCUCUCCACCGUUCUCUGCCCGUCUCUCUUCGCUGUGCGUGUGUGCCCCGACUUUAUUUACCUUUUAACUCACGUUUCCCAAAGAAUGAAGAUCAACUGAAAGUUAUGGUCGUGCACAAAAGUGCGUAGAAAACGCAGCAAAACGUAGAGGAAAAGUUGGCGCAGCCCAGUAAAAAAAAUAAAGAAAUCAAAAGAAGCAAAGCAAAGUGCGCGUGUGUGUUUACGUGUGCGUGCGUGUGUGUGAGUGCGUGCCUCCGCCGUCGCUCCCUUUGCGAAAAUAAUAAAGUAUCUUUCGGAUACACGACAGUUAGCCAAGACAAGAACUGCAUAAAUCUGAUAAUCAGCUUAGGUUUUCCUGUGUUUUUUCGCUGUUAACAAUUAGGGUUUGUUUCUCUGACAAAAUACUAUAUGAUUUCCCCAAGAUCUUGGUGUAUAUAUUUUGUGCAAAACAAAUACAAAUACAAGUAAAAAACAUAAAUAAAAUCAAGCUAGCCAUGGCAGAAUCAUUGAAAAUAUUUUUAAAAAAUACCUAAAAAAGAAGAGAUAAAAACCAAAUCGACUUAAAGAUAUAUUUAUACACACACAACGGUUUCACUUUGCAAAGUUGUAUACAAAGUUAAAAAAAAAAAAGUAAUAUAAAAAGAAAACAAGAAAGCGAUUCACAGUUAUCGACGCAAAUUAUUCAAUUGUUCGGCCACACGCUGCCUCACGGUCUACAAAAUAAAAUAAUACACGAGUAAAAGUGCAAAUCAAUGUGCAAAACAAAUUAUAUAUUUAAUAAUUAUCACACAUAAUGCCGCCUAACAAACUAAGCAAACAUGGAUUAACGCAUUUAUUGUAGAUUGGUAUCUAUGGGAUUGAAGUCGACGAGAAAGGUUUGACCAGCAGUUGGCAACGUAAAUCAGUGACUAAAAGUGUUUCAUUUACGUUUCGUACGCGAUCUUAUGUGUAGACAUCAAACAAACGACGACCGAAAAAGUAUCUCCAAAAGCACCAGCAGUACCAGCAGCAACAAGAGCAACAACAACGAAGGGCACAUCUAACGCUGCGGCUAACAGAUGAGCCCCAACAACAGAUGUCAAUUGCUGCAGCCGAAAAUGCAGGGCUUAGCCCAAGUGACUUACCAGAUCAUUGGGCCUCAGGUACAUCAAAUCCAGCGACCUCAACCAGCAGCAGCAGCAGCGGCAGCAGCAGCAGCACUAGUGCCACCGGCAGCAGCAGCAAGUACAACAGCGGCAACAUAUCGGUCUGCAACCUGCCGCGCUCAUCGCCGGCCGCUGCCACAGCAGCCGUUACUCUAUCAUCGGCCGGCGGCGGAAUCGGCAGCAACUUGUUGAGCGGCCUGCACCACGGACUGGCGCCCGGAACGCAUCCGCUGCAGCGCGCGACGGCAGCCAGUGGAGGCGGCGCUGGUGCUGGUGGGGGCGUGGCCGGCGCCUCGACAGCAGCGGCACUAACACUCCAGCAGCAGCAGCAACACCAGCAGCAGCAGCAACACCAUCAGCAGCAGCAGCACCAGCAGUUGGCCUACCAGCAGCAGUUGCAGCAGCAGAUCAUCUCGCAGCGCUCCAUACAAAACAAGGUGGUGGCCACCGCUGCCGCACGAACGGCCAAUCUUGAAGCUGCCCUGCAGCGAUCCGCUGCCAUUAUGAACGCGGUGGCUUCGCCGAUCUCAGCCAACUCUGCCAACUCAGCGACGCCCCGCCAGAAGAUACGGAGCAAGAAGGAUGCAAAGGUUAACCUGCCCCAAUCGCAAAUCAACAAAUGCAACAAUGAGAAGCGACGUCGCGAGGCGGAGAACGGAUAUAUCGAGCAGCUGUCGGAGAUACUGACGCUGAACAAGCGUGGAGAUAUGACCUCAACGAAACCGGACAAGGCGGCUAUACUAAACCAGGUGGUUCGAACGUACCGUGAGAUUUGUGACAAGGGCCAGAACCGUGAUAUUUCCUCCACGUCGACGAACAACAACAACUCCGCGACAACGACCAACAACAACACGAACAGUAGCAACAACAACAACAACACCAGCAAACCACAAGCAACCUCAACCCGCUGCAGCCGCUGCGCCACGGACAACUGCUCCAUCCAUCCGGUGCAACAGGGCGAGGUCUCGUCGACGGAACCCCCGCUCCCGGAACCCUCGCUGCUCCUCGGCCAGGUGCCCGAGAUCUCGGCGUACUUCGAGGCCCUCGAGCACUACAUCAGCGGCGUCGGCUGGGUCCUGCUGCAGGUGAACGCCAACGGCAUCAUUGAGUCCUGCACGCAGAACAUCCGCGACCUGAUCGGCUAUGAGAAGCAGGAGCUGUACCACCAGCCGCUCUACAGGUACCUCUUCUCGGGGGAUCACACCAAGCUAGAGCCGAUCAUCAACAACAUGUACAAUCCGAAUGGCGGAGGUGGCAGCAGCUCCGCCAGCAAUGCCGGGCCGGGCGGCAGUUCCAGUGGCCCCUCCGCGGGCGUUUGGGGCGAUCUCGAGGAGCUGAACAACGGCAGCGCCUCCCAGCAGUCCGCAGGCUCCAAUUCCAGUUCCGGCGGAGCGGGAGGCCAGGGAGGAGCAAGUGGAGGAGCUGCGGUGGGCAAGUCGAAGCGCAGCAUCUCCACCAAGGUGCGCAUGCUAGUCAAGGACACACGCACUGCCACCCAGACGUCGUCAAACCUCGAGGAGAAGCCACUGAGGCAGGCCGGCCAUCAGGACAAGUACGAGGAGGUGGUCCUCAUAGCGGCUCCAGUCAAGGAUGAUGCCGAUGCCAGCAGCUCGGUGCUGUGCCUGAUCACACGGCCGGAGGAUGAGUCUCCGCUGGAGAUCAACAUCCAGCAACAUGUGCAGCAGCAGCCGAUCGAGCAGAUGACCUUCAAGCUGGACAUCCAUGGCAAAAUACUCAACCUCGAUGCCACCGCUCUGCGGGAGCCGUUCAAGCAGCACCUGCAGACGUGGGUGGGCCGCCUUUGGCAGGACCUGUGUCAUCCGCACGACCUCUCCACGCUCAAGUCGCACCUGCGCGACAUCCAGGACUCUGUGAGCGCCAAUUCGCCGGGUGCUGGUCCGGGCACCAGUGUGGUGUCGCGGCCGUUUCGCCUGAGAUUGGGCGCCCCGGAUGUGUAUGUCCAUGUGAAGGCCAACUCGAGACUGUUCCUGAACCAGACGCCCGGCGAGGGCGACUUCAUCAUGUCCGUGCAGACGCUGCUCAACUCGGAGAACGACAUGAACAGCAGCAACACGGGAGCGGGCAGUGGAGGAUUGGGCCUGGGCCAGCUGUGCGCCAUGGCGCCGAGUCCCUCGUUGGCCAGCUCCCUGCUCAGCAGCCUUUCCAUGGACGGCCUGCAUGGGGGAACCGGUUCGGGUUCGGGUUCCUCCUCCUCGCCGGCGGCCUCUGGCAUGCUGCCCACCCAUCUGCUGGGCGGACUUGUGGGCGGCGGUCAGCAGGGCGGCGGUGGCAACAGCACGCAGACCACGAGCGUGGGCGGACCACUGAUGAGCAGCGCCAUUAUCAACGGCAGCGGUCUGCAGCAGCAACAGCAGCAGCGAUCCGGCGCCAGCUCCUCGGCCAAUUCGUUGGUUAACGCGUUCACCGCUUCGCCAGCGGGCGCGGAGCAUACCACAUUCGGAAGCGAUACGUUCGAUUUCGACUUUACAGCACAUUCCUCAUUCGAAUUGGAUCCCAGCGGCGGCGUGGGACCCUGGACCGAUUCGCGUCCCAAUUCGAGAGCCUCGGUGGCAACGCCAGUCAGCACGCCGCGUCCUCCGUCGGGACACGGAUUCAGUCCGGCUAUUUGCGCCUCUCCGGCCACGCCCUAUCAGCUCUCCUCGCAGUCCGCCGCCAGCCUGCCCUCGCCGCAGUCAAAUGCCAGCGCCGGCGGAGGCAACUUUGGCUUCAACUUCCACUCCUUUGAGACGGGCGAAGUGAAGCCCGAGAAGGAUGUCCAGCAAAGCCAGCAGCAGGUCAGCAACAACAACAGCGGCAGCAGCAGUAAUCCCCUAAUGGGCGGCGGGUUGCCAAACGGCGUUGGAGGCUUGUUGCUCUCCCAGCAGCAGCAGCAACAACAACAGCAGCAGCAGCAGCAGCAAACACCGCCGCAUCAGCAGCAGCAGCAGCAACAGGAGUCCUCGGAACGAUUGCGCCACCUGCUGACCAAGUCGCAGAGCAUGGCCGGCGGCCUGGGCGGAUUGGGUGAUGAUGAGAAGUACUUCAAGCCGGAGGGCACCGACGAAGAGAAGCUCGCCGGCGGCAGCUUCAAGAUGGGCGGCCAGCCUGGAGGGCUGGGCAUGUUCGGACCCAUGGGCUCGAUGGGACGUGGUGUGGGCAACUCCAGUAUGCUGCACAAGGCAGGCAAUUCGCAGAACCCCAUGCUGCUCAAGCUCCUCAAUGAGAAGUCGGAGGACGAUGAUGGUGGAUCGGGAGAUGGUCCAGGUUCCAUGAACAACUCCCGACAGAGCGAGCUGAUGCGCCAGCUGAAGAAUCCGGACGGAGGUGGCCAUGGCAUGCAUCGUGGCAGUGCCAGCGGCAACAUGAGCACCGAGGCUCUAAAGGCGAUGCUCAAGAUCCAGAGCGAUCCGUCGCUGAGCCGCAAGCGAUCGCUGAACGAGCCCGACGACGACCCAUCCGCCAAGCGGUCGGAGGACAAGCCCAGCAAACUGUGUACGCAGAACAAGAUGUUGGCCAAGCUACUGCAGAAUCCGCCAAAGAUACCCAAAGCCCCCAAUCCCGAGCAGCCGCUGCAGGUGAAGACGCUGCCGGACAUAACCAGCUCCACGGUGAGCAGUACGCUGGCCGCACCUGGCAACCUCAUUAGCGCUGGCAGCGCGGGACCCAAGGCGGCUGCAAACCGCAACCGAAAGCAGCAGCAACAGCAGCAGCAACAACAGCAGCAGCAUCAACAGCAGCAACAGCAACAACAGGCCGCCGGCAUUCCUUCCCAGCAGCAACAACAGCAGCCAAACGAUGUCUACCUCAGCCAGCAGCAGCAGCAACAGCAACUGCAGCCGCCGCAGCUGGCCUUCCAGCACCAGCAACAGCAGCUGGCGACCACAGCAACUACCUCAAUUACCACAGCGGCCUCCACUUCGGCUGCGGCGGCUGCGGCAGCAGCAGCGGCGGCCAUUCUGGGCGAUGGCGACUCGGAGCUGUCCAAGCUGCUGGACAGCGUUAUGGAGUACUAUCCGGAUGACGCUCCCAUCGUGACGAAUGCCCCCUCAGAGGCCUCGGCCAUCAGCGACAUCCAGAAGUCGCUGAUGCAGGACGUCGAGUCGACGGCCUUUGGCAACGACCUAACCCAGCAGCUGAUGAUGAGCCAGCAGCAACAGCACCAGCAACAACAGCAGCAGCAACAGCUUCUGGCAUUGCAGCUGGCCCAGCAGCAGCAGCAGCAACAACAGCGACAGCAACAUCUGCAACAGCCGCCUGCCUAUCCGGGAAUGCUCAACAUGCAGCAGCAGCAGCAACACCAGCAGCAGCAACUGCAAAACCAGCACAUGCAGCGUAUGGAAGCGAUGCGAAAUCAGGGUUUCCAGCGACCUCCGCCCAUGUAUCCCGCCCGCGGACGUGGUCCCAUGAACGCGGUCGCCACGCCGGGAGGCGUGGUCUUGCCCGCCCAGCAGCAACUGCGAAACAUGCGGCAACAACAGCAGAUGGCCGCCGCGCAGCAGAAGGAGCGAUUGCUGCAACAACAGCAGAAGCAGCAGUUACUCGUCCCCGAGAAUGCCACUGGCAUGAACGCGGGCUUGAACAACAUUAGCUCGCUGCUGAACACAACGGUGGCUCCAAAUGUGUCCCUAUCCCGCACCAACCUGCCCUCAGACGCCCAGCUCAGUCCGAACUUUGCUCAGACCCUGAUGCAGCAGCAGCUCAGUCCGGGUCGCAGCGCGCCCUACAGUCCGCAGCCCAAUCAAGGCUAUGCCCCCCAGUUCCCGCAGCCUGGCCAGCGUCUCUCCCCGCAGCAGCAGCAGCAGCUCAGCCAACAGCAACAGAACAAUGCCCAGCAGCAACAGUUGGUCUACCAGCAGCAGCAGCAGCAACAGGUGGGCGAUGGAGGACGCUCGAACACGCCGUUUGGCUCCAACUCGGGCAUGCAGUCGCCGGGCAUGCAGAAUAGCCCACAACAGUGGGGCGCUGGCGGAGGAGGAGGCGGUGGACCAGGCGGUCCGCUUCCAGCUGGCAACGCCGGCAGAACGCUGCAGCAGCACAACCCCAUGCUCAUCGCUCAGCUGCAGGGCGGGAAUCCGUUCAAUGCGCGUCAAUACCAACAGAACCAGAGACGCGGCCUCAAUUCCCCGGGAGCCGUCGGACCCGGCGGCAAUCCGGCAGCCCAGGCGGCGGCUCUGCAGCGGCAGAACUCGUUCCAGGGCCAGGGCGGCGGCGGGGCCACGACGCCCGACGGUUUCGGCGGUCCACAGUCCCCCUACGGCGGCAACAUCAACGUUUUCCAGCAGCAACAGUUGCAGCGACUGCAGCGGCAGGGCAGCGUGCCGCAGGCCACCCAACAUCUGCCAGGCUCGCCACGCUUUGGCUCCUCACCGGGCGGCAGCAACACCACUGAUAGCUCCGCUGCCGCCGGCAACCAGCAGCAGCAGCAGCAACAACAGCAGCAGCAGCAGCAGCAACACCAGCAGCAACAUCAGCAGCAGCAGCAGCUGAUGAACGGGCUGAGCAUGUCGCCACAUCCACAUCCGGCGAUGAUGGGCGUGGGCGGCAUGGGCAGCGGCGGUGGCAACGGCAUCAUUGGCCUGGGCGGCGGGGGCGGCAGCUAUGGGGCCACCCUGGGCGGCUACGGGCCAUCGCAGCAGGCGAAUGAUUUCUAUGGUCGCGCGCAGACCGCUGGCGGUGGUGGCGGCGUAGCCGGUGGCAAUGCCAACUCCGAGUUUGUGAAGCAGGAGCUGCGAGCGGUGGUCAGUGUGCGCGCCCAGCAGGCGGCUGCGGCGGCCACGGGCGGAGCCGGCGGCGGCGGAGGAGGCGUGGCCCAGCGGGGACAGACGCCGCAGAGCCCGCUGCAGCAGGGUGCGGUGAUCGGGGGCGUCGGCGGCAUCGUGGGCGGGGCCAACAGUACAAACACGAUGGGCAACGUCACGCCCACGGGCAGCGGCAAUGUCAACUCCAUGCUCAACACGCCGCCAGAUCCAACGCUGAGCUUCAGCUUUGAGACGCCGGACUUCUUCACCAGCAGCGCUACGAGGUGACCCUAAGGUGACUAAUUCGGAACCAAGGAUCACAUUCAACCUAUACUUCUCUUGCGCACGCAUUUAUGGCUCUAAAUAACAAAAAAAAAAAAAAACAAUAGGAAAUCAAAGGAUGGUAGGGGGAGCAUGUAAAUCUAAUUAAAAUAUUAGCAGCACUAUUUAAAAAAUAUAUACCUAAAUAUAUUUAUUUUAUAAUACUAGCAAAUAUUAAUUGUAAAGCAAAAUGGGAACCUCGUCUAAAGAAUUCGCGAAAACAUAGUUACCAGACACAAGCUAUAGUUAAAUAUUUUCAAAACCGCAAAACAACUUCAAGAAACGAUGGUAAAAUGUUUAAAGAAAUGCAUAUUUAUUACGUUUAAAGAUAAAGCCUAGUUGUAAGAGCUAUAUAUACAAAAGAUGGAAAACAGAAACAAAGCAAAAACAUAAAUAAUACGCGUUAAGUGCUGACCGUUUCGAGGUGUUGUUAAAUUGAUAUAUGUAUAUUUAAAACAAGUAACAUUAACAUUGUAUGACAUUUGGAGAGGCGUUGGCAGCCGCAGCAGUUGGCUAAGCUCUAGAUAUAACGACAAGCGAUAAAUAAUGUAUACAAUUCGAAGGGAAAACAUGUAGCAUGUAACUUGUAACACACAAAAACACAAACUUGCUGUACAUUUAAAGGUAGUGUUGAAUUUUUCAGUGUGAUAAUUUGUUAAAUUUUAUAUACUAAAUGUUGCUAAUUUGUUGCUGCAAAAGCACGAGGACCUCGACCUCCAACGGCUUUGCUCUACCUUCUAAACAUUUUCAAGCGUCUUCGAACAUUACUUCGAUUUCUAACAAUUAACUUACCGAUCGUAUUCAAUAUAUUUCUCUUCGUCUGCGAUUUUUAAAACUGUCCUGUAACUGUACAUAUUUUCACCAAACAAUUUCUCUAAGUUGAGCCGCCUUAAAUUUUAAUUUGUAAUUUAGUUAAUGCUCGUUUAAACUUAUUGUAGCUAUUUUUAAAUACUUUUAUAUCAAAGCGAGAAAGCAAAGCGCGCAAAGCACAGUUGGCGUUGCAAUUUCAUGUGAAGGCUAUUUUACAGGUUUUGUUUAAACUAAUAUGUAAUUUUAACCAUUUUUAUAAUAACUAUUACGCAUUAAACAUGAUUCAUUGGCUUGUAUGAUUCGAAACACUUUCAAUGAACACUUUGCAAGCUGUAGCUAAGCAAAAACGUUUCACGUUUUCUAUUAUGUAAUUUUUUAUUGAUUUUUGAUUUUGUUUAAAUCUUUAAGUCUAUUAAGUUGGGUUCAAUCGUUAUAAAUAUUAUUUUAAAGAAGAAACGAUACAAAUGCUAUACAAAUAUUAUUGAUAUAAAUUUAGUUUAUAAUUUUAUUAAAAUACUGUUUAAACUGCAAAGCCCUAAAUAAAAAUUUAUAUACAAUAUAUUAA